CGCACACUCAACCCUCCCCCACAACCACACAGCCGCACAGCCACAGAUAACCCGAUACAGAGACUAGCCGCAUACAGCAGUGACAGCAUGUGGACGGUGAAGCACGAGUCGUUCCAGGAGGACCUUAUGGCCGCACGGCGGAUGCUGGAAAAGUACGAGCGCGGGCAGAUGCGGUCGGCGGCGCAGCUGCAGACCUCGCUGGCGUCGGCCAUCGACGACCACACCCACUCGGUGGCGCAGCUGGCUGAGGUGCGCAAGCAAGUGGACUCCAAGGCCCAGUCGUCAGUGGCCAAAAAGGCCUCGCUGCAGAACGAGCUCUCCGAGCGCAAGGCUGCCGCCGAGCAGGCCGCCGCCGCCGUCGCCGCCCUCGACGCCAAGGAGAACCAGUACCAGGCUUCGCUGGCGACUGAGAAGGAGAAUGUGGCACAGAUCUCCAUGGCACUUGCAGAGGCUGAGGUCUCGCACUGCUCGCGGGCAUCCGAGCUCGAGAAGGGCAUUGCCUUCUACCGCUCCCGCCUCGGCAUGCGCUUCGAGUCGCUCUCGGACCAGUCGCUGCGGUUCAUUUUCACAUCGAUCGACCCGCUCAACUACGAUCGCGAGUUCUUUUUUGCCCUCAAGGUCAACUCUGCUUCGCAGUAUGUGCUUUGCGAGUGCGUGCCGCCUGUUCCGGGCACAGAUGCGCUGCUCGCCAAGCUCAACAGCUCGAACAACCUCCGCGCUUUUUUUAAGGGCAUGCGGAUUCUGUUCCGCGGCUCCAUCUGAGGCGCUCCUUGCUGCUCCGUAAACUGUACUCAAUCC